GAAAUCGCCAGUUACAAAAAAAAAUCGAUUACUACAUAUUUUGUUGCCGACCAUGCCAUCGCUAGUUACCAAACAUUAUGUUUGUAAUAAAUAUAUUUGCAGUUGUUAGGGUACAAACGUUGUUAUUAUGUUUAACCAAGAUAAAAACAAAUAACUGCAAAAUUUGUUAAAAUGCCAGCUUUUUGUGCUGUACAAAAUUGUGGUGAUAAGUAUGGACACGCGGACAAUAUAUCCUUUCACAAAUUCCCAUUUAAGCGACAAGAGCUAAUGAAGAAAUGGCUUGAUUUCGCACAACGUGGUCCAGACUGGCAGCCGUCGAAGUGGAGUGCCAUUUGUAGUCGCCACUUUCGUGAUGAAGAUUUCAAUUGUGCCGCCGAUCGCAAAAUACUAAAGAAGACUGCGGUGCCAUGUUUGCGAAAUCUGAAACAUGUGCAGACCAUAGAAAAGGUGAACACUGAGCGAAAAGAAGAAGAUAUUGCCAAAGAAAACACUUUGCAACAAGCUGCCACAAAAACCGCAAUCAGCAACUUAUCCGCCACAGAGACAUUCAGUGAAACAUGCGAAGAAUUUGAUGAGGAGUUAGAUCAACGUAAACAAACCACAUCUUUACAAAGUUCCCCGAAUGCGCCGAAUAAGUUUAAAUGCCGGCUGUGUGGUAGUGCAUGCUCAGCUGUGGUGUCAUUUUCUACAAAUUUCGAAAUUUAUGGCAUGAUACAAAAAUGUUUUCCUACACUCAACAUACAAAAAGACGACAACUUACCGAAAGAGAUGUGUCGCUUGUGCCUUAAACGCGUGGAAAGCUUCUCACGUUUUAUCGACAAAGUGCUCGAAACACAAAGUGAACUACAACGAAAAUAUCGCAUAGAGAAAAAGGAUAAUAGCACACGUUUUGCUGAACGCCCGCUUAAGGUAAAACAAGAACCAGUGGUGCGUGUGAAACAGGAGCUUCCUGAAGGUUUUGACAGUUUCCUCUCGGAUGAUUUAGAUAUGGGCAUGGAUGAGGGUUGUGAACAGGAGCAUGACGCUGAGACGAUUGUUGAACAAAAAUAUGAUUUCUGUGAUUUUCCCAUGUUGAAUGCACAGGAUAUAAUCAACAAUUGUGAUAUAAUGGAAAUAAUAAAUUUGGAUGAUCCUUUUAUAAACAUACCGGAUGAUGAUGCGAAUACGAAUUGUGAAAAUAUUACACCGAAUACAAAACAACAAGAGAAAGCUAUACAACAGGAACAGCAAGAGAGGAACAAGCGUACUUUACUAAGUGCUCACGAAUUGCUACAAAAUCAUUUGUUAAAUGAAGAGCACAACUAUGCUUAUACAACGGAGGACUUGAAGGAAGAGUGUCAAUUCAAAAAUACUUAUAAGACAGAGAAGACUGAUGGCGGCGAAUAUGCAGAUCGAGGAGACUUUAUGACAAAUGCUGCAACUGAAGAUGAUGAACAGACGAGUUAUGCGGGAGACGAGCAUCACAACGGCGAAAAUGCCGCUUCAACCGGCAUAUAUAAAGAAAACUAUGCCACGUCAAACAUGCAUUUAGAAAAUACUGCUGCUACAAAUAGUGAGAAGCCAACAAGUCCCGCCGUUGCAACAGCUUCGCCACCAGAAACACGCUCUACAAGACCAAUAGUCACGUCGGUGAGUGAGCUUUCUGAUGCAUCCAUAACAAUACCCAACCGAACGGUUGAGGAACAUACACGUGCCGAAAAGCUUGUUGUCACUGCAGUGGAUGACAUACCGGCGCCAACCAGUGACGCCGCUACUGGUUCAAAAAUGAGUGUUUCCACAUCAUCGACAGCGCCAAUGAAAACACAUCCCAAACCAAAUAUUGUUGUGCUCGACGAAAGUAUAGUGAAAUCUUCAAAUGCCUUCCAACUACAUACCUGUCAACACUGUCAUCUAAAAUUCUUCAGCAUGGAGACACUAAAUCAGCAUUAUAUCGUAGCGCAUCAGACGCAAGCGCAAAUGCAAGAGCAAAGCACACAAAUGCGCGUAGAACAAGAGAAGUUGCAAAGCGUUCACAUGCAACAGCUACAGCAACUCUUGGAUCCAUAUAAUCCACAGCAGCCAAAUAUGGUCACGCAAAAUCAUCAUUACCAACAGCAACAGCAACAACAACAGCAACAGCAAGAGGAGCGCUUACCCAUGGUAAGUGUGCCUGGUGACUAUGUUUGGAAGUAUUAUGGCGCGGCCAAUGAUGUCAGAAGCGAAGCAUUCAACAAUAAUUGUAAAUUGGAGAAAGGCUUCGGUUCAUCCGCUGCAUGCGCAGACAGUCUACAUAAAACGAAUGACACGCAUACUUUUCUCCAGCCAAAUGUCUUUGGUUUUGACAAUACAAAUGCGAUAAAAAACAGCUACAUGACGCCAAACUGUGCGGCUAAGGAUACUUCAAGCCUGAUCGGCGCGCCAAAUGCAGUGCGAAUACUUGAAAUGAAGCGCACAUUUCUGCGGCAACACGAUCCAUUUAGUAAUAUGACUAAUAUUCAGGCAGACUAUCUCAAAACUCCUUUGAAUAACAAUGAUGCUACAAAAUCGCACAGCAUUUGCGCCGCCACAAACUUGGCGCCAGAGAAUGCUUUCAAAACUCCCGCGCCUACAAUCCAACCAACAGCUACGUCUGCGCGCUUGCAAAAACCGAAGCGCACUAAACGGCGCGCGCUCUUAAGUAGACACAUCAGCGCGCGCCUUACAGCGCUUGAACGCAGGAUAAACGCCAAAGUAGCGCCCGAUAUUAUUACAGCCGAGUAUCGGCAAUUGGGACAGCGUUACAAGAGGCUGCAGCUCAAAUGUAAAUCACUGCAAAUACAAAUAUUGGAGAAACAAAGAAAAGAGGCCAAGUUCAAGUCCACAAUGUCAAGCGCCGCCGCCAAUCGUUUUCGCUGUCGCGUUUGCAGCGAAAAUUUCAAAAGUAUCCAACGCCUGCUGCAACACAAGCGCACACUCAGGCAUUGGACGCGUCGCAUGCCUAAACGUUUUGCCGCCACCUGCUGUGGCUGCGAGAAGUUCUUUCGUCACAAAAUCGCUUUACACAAUCACAUGCGCUACAUAUGCCAGGCGCUGCCGUUGCGCUGCUUCAAAAUGCAAAUGCAAACAUUCAAGUGUCGCUACUGCCGACGCAGCACUUUCAAUCAUUGGCGCCUCUACCGCAGACAUGAAGUGAAAUGUAAAUCAAGCAGACAACGUCGACAGCAACACAGCCGUAUAAGUCGCCGCCACCACCAACGACAACAAGUUACCGUGCAAUCUCUAACACCGACCAACAAACAGCGUGGCGCCGCGCCUCGUUCAACGCAUGCAGUGCCGGCCAAUGCGCGCCAAACGAAACAUAAAAAUUCUGCAACUUCAACGCGCGCGUAUGCUUGUCCGCUGUGCGCUAAAGUGUUUGCCUCGGCGAACAGACUCAGUCAGCACCGCAUCACGCACAGCGAUCAGCGGCGGCACCAAUGCGGUCUGUGUGAGCGCGCCUACAAGCGGCGCAACGGUUUGAUGCAGCAUGUGCGCGCCUUCCACUUGAAGUUGAAGCCGCAUCAGUGUGUUGUGUGUCAGCGCUCGUAUGCGCUCAAAAGUGAUAUGUUACGUUGCCGGCAUGCGGCGGUCAAGCGCGCACGUCUCAAUGAAAUUGCAUGCAGCGCAGAGUAGUUAACUGCAGCACCAAUAAAUUUUAAACAUAAGUAUUUAAUAUAAGUAUACCUGAAUGAGUGUGUUAUGUAAUGUUACUUUUCUUAUUGACCAAAAAACUGUAAAUACUACUACGAUUUUUUAUCCGCCUAAUUUCACAUUUCUAUCUAAAA